CAACGAUCGACUUCGGACUCAACUCCAUCUCUCAUCUUCCCACACCACUCACCCACAUCACCGCCGCAUCACAGAUCGGCAUCUCCCGCCGAACGCGACGUACGACGUGACGAGAUGAUGUCGCGACGCCCCUCCCUCCGACACUUGCGGCUAGGGAAUUCAGUCAAGAUCGUCAUUGCCGUCACCAUCCUCAUCCUCCUCCUCGCGCCAUGGCAACGCGCUCCACGACCCACAAUCAGCCCCGAAGAGCUCGCCAAGCUCUGGACGCUGCCGCGCGAAGAUGUCGCGGCGCGCUACGAAGAGGCGCGCACCGCUGCUCUACACCGGCGUGGAUAUAGCGCCAAAGCCGCAGCGCGCAGCGUGCGCGCACCUCGCAAGUUUGGAGACGGGAGCGCAACGUUUGAUCCGAGUGUCGAGGUGUACACGAAGCGGUUGAAGACAUUUGUCUCGCGCACUCUUGCCUCGAGCUCGUCGAGGAGGGCAAUUGAUGACUCGUUGGAACGGCUAGGCCGUUUCGCCCCUCCACAAGGCGCGUCUCUUCCUCGCGCGCUGUUCAGCACCGAUCGUGCUGGUGACUCGGGGGUAGCGGACCUCUACCGAUUGUGGAACGCGCUCCUCCCUCUCCCUGUUGAACACGAGCUCGCCGCACUCCUCCCCGAAACAGACUGGGCCGAGCCCGCGCUCAAGGGGGGGACAUGGGCGAGCGUCGUCGCGGACGAGGGGCAGGUCGAUGCACAAGCCUCCGAGUGGCUCGGCGCCAGCGUCAUUGGUGGGGAUAGCGCCUGGGCUCAGACAUGGGAGCAGCUCGAGGUUGGCACACUGCGCGCGGAUGUAUUUCGAUACAUGACCAUGCUGUUCAACGGCGGCGUGUACGCUGACUCCGACACGGCUCCCAUCGCCCACCCUUACUUCUGGGGGCUCAACGCCAAGUGCAUCAUGCAUCCCGACCUCGUUACGCUGGAGCAGAUACUGGUCUACCACGAGAAGGGUAUCGACACGACCAACCGCCGCGUCUGGGAGCGCGGGCUUCCCUCAAACGAGACUGAACUAGAGCCGAAGAAGCGAUUCGCGCCACCAUACCCUGGUGUGAAAGCGCAUGAGCGUCGCUCGCUGCUCAACUUCAACGGCGAUCGCUUGCCUCCAGAUGACGCGACGACGCUCCUCGCGCCAGACAUCAAUGUUGUGGUGGCCGUCGAUUUUGACUCGUCGAUCGCAUGGGACUGGCGCUCCUGGAUAAUGUGGUCGCCAUCCCGCUUGCGUCGCUCAUUGAGGAACUCGGGCUACGGACGUAGUCUGCAGUUCGCGCAAUAUGUGCUCUCCUCAAAACCCAACCACCCCAUCUUUCUUGACACUCUUGCGACGAUCAUGGACCUCGUCGACCAUGAAGCGCGCAAGGAUACGCCCACGCUCGGCGCGCCGGAUCUCACGGGCGCAGGGCCAUUUACCGACGCUGUAUUGAGGUACCUUGUGGUACGCUAUGGCGUGACGCCAGACCAGCUGCGCAAAAUCAAGGGCCCGGUGCGAGUUGGCGAUGUCCUCGUCUUGCAGGAAGGAGCGAUGCUGGCGCCCGAGUCGGCGAUGCAGCGAUUACUGUACCACGUCCGCACAUUCUUCCCGAGCUUGCCUGGGAGCGGCGCCGCGCGGGUCGUUCCAGGGGAGAGCCUGUGGUACUGGGGAACGGGGUAUCGGUCGUGGCGGAGCGGCGGGCGGCGUGUCCUAUACCGCGGCCAGGGUGGGAGAUGGAAGGGGCAGGGUUGGAAUGAUGACUAGAGCGCUGCGCGCGCUACGAUCGAUCUGGGGGCAGACAGCAGACGGGACAUAGAGCACUGUGCCAGUAGCCAUGUAUCAUUCUACGAC